CGUAUAGGAGUAGAUAAACCGAACACAUAUAGCCAACGCCGUACCAGAAACGACAGUACUCUGCACCGAUGGCUGGCCUGAACUGCUACCUUUCGGUCACCGCCACAGCGACACCCAUAUCUCAUCGCUCAUCUUCAUCCGACCAACCGCCGGAGAAAAAGCCGCCCAAAUUGAAACUGCCGAAGAAUAACACGGAGAAACUCUGCGCCGGGGUGUCGCCGGCGGAGUACGGCGGCGCACCAUCCACCACCAAUCCCAGAAAUUACUGGCUCGUCGAUGAUGACCCUCUCACCUCUGAUGAUUAUAUAUGGAACAGAAAUUUCGUGGGCCGCAUGAAGAUGUUGAUCCAGGAUCCUGCUGAAUAUGGAUCCGGUUUUCCUUCCAACCCUUCAAAGGAAGAGAGAACGCAUGGAUUUAUAAGCAUAAACCGCGUAUUGAACCUUGACAACUUGGAAGUGGACUUGAGCAAGGAACUGGCAUCACCUUCAAAACGUUUCCGAGCAGAAAAAGCUGAGGAAAUUGAAGUGUGAUAUCACCUUUCUUUGGAGCUAUUUACUUCAUCCUUCAGUUUCAACUUUCAAUGUUCGUGUUGAGUUUGGUUGUCUAUUGUGUUUGAGUCUAGUAUAUAAGUAGGAGAUAAACCUAAUUUCUUCAGACUUUAUUUGGUUCAAAGAAUUCGGGAAGGAAAAGAAAAGAAAAAAGGUAAAAAAAG